UUCACAGAUCACAGUUGGGCUUGUUUGAGUUUCGUUGCGAUUGUGCUCAGCUGGAUGUCUUUUUUUAAGAUGGGAGACAUCGCAAAGAUUCAUAUAACACCCGAGACUCCUGCAAGACCUGCUAUCCUGAACCCCUUUGAGAGCCCAAACGACUAUCACCGUCUGCAUGAGCCUGUGGUGCCCAGUCCGUCGGUCUUUAAAAGCUGUAAGAGCUCGUCAGCGACUCCAGCUAAGUUCAAAUGGUCUAUUGAUGAAAUGUCAAAUUUGCUUCCUGUGGAAAUAGACCCAGAGGACAUUCACCGCCAGGCUGUGUUUUUUAGCCAAGCCAGGGCGGAUUCUGAGAUUGAGGAAAAACGACAACAUGCUAUUGAACAGUUUUUUACUAAAGGUGCCAUUGUUCCCUCUCCAUGGGGACCACUAACAUCAAAACAAUCAAUGAAACUGCCACAUCAUAAAAGUCCCUUGUCCCCACUGGUAACAGAGGAGAUACAGCCACCAAAGAAAAUAAAUGCCAUCUGUCAGACAGUCCUGUCUCUACCUGUGGACUUCAAUCUUGAGAAAGUUCUAGGUGAUUACUAUAAGACCGAAGAGUUAACAGAGCAGGUGCAGGAGAGCCUGAGCUCCUCUUCACUGCGGCGGAAGUUGUUUCUUGACGGUCACGACAGUGGCUCUGAGUCUUCUACCCCUUCCAGCCCAGACAGAGGUUCUCCUAGCGUACCUCCCAGCAGUCGAGAGUUGAUGUCUUCUGCUAUCGUCUCUCCACUUCAGUGUGGCAUUCCAACUGGGACCCCCAUGUCUGGCCAGUUUUCUUCAAGUCCCAUCCAAGGCCAGUGUCGAGCAUACAGUUUGGGCAGUGUCACAAGUCCUAUGUUUUCAGAGAGAUCAUCGCCAGCUUUUAAAUCUCCUAUUUUGUCACCUAUCAGAUUACAGCAUUCUGUGACACCCGAAUCAGGUGAGAGGAAAAGACUAUCAUUUUUAUCUCCCAACUGCGUACCCACGGGCAGCUCAGACAUGGACGUGAACCGCAGUGGUGAAAGCCCAUUGGUGGAGGGCUGUUCUCCUAUCAGAAGCUGCUCCCCCUUUCAGUCCCGGCCCCGAAACAGAGCCUGUAUGUGGGCUUCUCCUGCUCACAUUUCCCCAAUCCUCCAGGACAAAGACAACGUCCACAUAACAGAACAUUUACCUACCAUGGACCUAGACGCCACCUCAACAGCCCCUCAUGCCCAGCGAGAAAGUCUCCAUGCUGGGAGCAGUGAAUCAGAGGCUUCUGUGGCUGUUUCUGAACAAAUGGAACAAGAUGAGCUGUUUGUGAAAGACACGGGAGAAAAUGUUGAGACUAAUGAAAGAGAAUGUGAAAGUGACAAUGAGGAUAAAGAGGAGGAUGAACUCAGAGAGGAGGAAUCGUGUGCUUGGGUUCCUGAGGAGGACACUGUGUCACCAGUUCGACUAUCCAGCACUGGAACAGGAAGUGUGCCUAAUGCUGAAAGUACACACAUGUUCUUAUCCCUGUUAGCGGAAGGCAGCAUCACACCGUGUGACACUAGCAUGCAGGUGGACAGCGGUUAUAACACUCACUCUGUGUGCACUACCAGCCUAAUGGACACUCUCAGUUCAGACUGCCAGAGUAAGGAAAUGGUGGAUACACACACCACUGAGGAGAGCGGACCUUUCACUAGACACACUAAACCAAAGUUGUUCGUCCCGCCGCACUGAGCUUGAGGAACAAACUGGGCACUUUAUACAGUCUUAACCCUCAGCACGUUUACACCUCAAGAUGAAUGAUACUCUAGUCAUCUAUUCUAGAGAAUGCUGAGGAUUGUGUUUAAGCAUUACUGUCUGAGCCUUCCUUAAAGGGUUAGUUCACCCAAAACUGAAAAUGAUCAUCAUUUACUCAUCCUCCACUUGUACCAAACUGAUUCAAAUUUUCUUGUUAUAAACAAGCAUAUUUUGAAGAGUCCUAAAAACCUGUAACUAUUGACUUCUGUUGUAUUUGUUUUCCCUACUAUGGAUUACAGACAAUGGUUACAGGUUUUUAGCUUUCCUCAAAAUAUCUUUGUUUGUGUACAACAAAAGAAACUCAAAGGUUUAAAACCACUUGAGUCUGAGAAAAUUGUAACUUUUUUGAGUGAACUAUCCCUUUAAGUUUUUAUAUUUAUUCUUGCUCCAAAAAUCUUUGUCUGUGAAAACUUGAAUGAGAAUUGUUUUUGUAUGGUUUUAUUGAUUGUGGAAUAUAAGCGCAGCUUGUAAUUACGAGUUAUUUGUAAAAGAGAGAUGGCAGUUUUGUAACCAAUUCCUUUUGCUGUUUUUAUGAGGCUGUUUUUUUUAAAAACAAAUCUUUCUAAUUAUUUAUGCAUUACUCAAUCACUAACAAACACAAGGAGAUACCACAGAGGUAUACAUGUAUAUGAUG